AACACCCGUAAAACUUUCGUCCUACAGAGAACUGUGUCCUAUAUGUCUUUUUGUAAGCCUAAUGUACUAUGGCUAACUUUUUAUGCUCUACGCGAUGCUCAUGUUGAAAUCUUCGCGGCUGUGAGGCCAUGUAAUGGUGGGCGGACCUGAAUGGAAGUACCGAAGAAUAAGAAUAAUUAAUAGCGUGACAUGUUUUGACUUGUUUCUUAAAGUUCAUCUGUGUGGAGUUUGUGCAGUAAAACACAGGACAAUGUAUAGUCUCAUAACAGUUAUAGCUCUCUUUCUGUUAAUGAUAUCAUUGAAGAGUUUAACAGUAUUUUACUAAAAGUCGAAAUAGUUAUAAAAUCGAUUUCUAACUAAUUAUUCGUAAACGUUUGCUUUUUUUAAAGGCGUUUAUAAACUGUUUUCUGCUUAUCUAAUGAUCAAAAAUGAAAUUAGUUUAAAAUUAUUUAUACUGACAUUCUCUGACUUUUUUACGCUUUUUAUAAAACUAAGUAUAUUUAAUAUAAUUGAAAAACAUUUUGUAAAAUCAUUUCACAUAAAAGGCGAGCUUUCGAUACUUCACGGUAUCAUCAUCAGGCUAAUAUGACUGUCGAAUUUAGAAGAGAGAUGAUUAUAAUUAUCAACUAGUAUAUAGAGUACGCUGAGGUAAUUAUAACCAGGCAUAAACUAGUAUAUAAUAUAUAUAUAUAGUAUAUUUGGAAUCAGCAUGAAAAACUGAAUCGAGUGAUGUGCGUUUCAGAUGUUUUGGACAACUUUGACUUUUUACCUCAAAACAUCAAAGUUGUCCAAACCACCUGAAACACACAUCACUCGAUUCAGUUUUUCAUGCUGAUUCCAAAUAUAUUAUUAGUUUUGCAAAAAAUAAUGGAAGUUUAGCGGCAAAGUUCUUAUUUGAAAUAUAAAAUGGGAACCGAUCACAAUCACAUUUGAGAAUCAGACGUUGACAGUGUUCUUUUAGAAAAGAAAAGGUGCAUCGGAUAGAGGAUGCUCUUAUGUUCAUGAAUAGCUAAACUUUUUCUCGAUGUCAUUGCUAAUUAAGCUUCCAACUUAAUUACCAAACUAAUAUUGACAGGAACUUAAUUACCAAGUAAUAUUUGAAAAUUGACAGUUAUUACUUUUUACACGAUCAAAACAUUUUUUUCUCUUCCGAUUUUCACAUGUAAUAAUAGAUAAUAGUCUUCUGAACAUAUUCUUCAACAUCCGAAUCGAGAGAGUAGUGCAACACUUUAGAAAGCCGAUAAAAAUAGUUGAGCCUAUACGAAAAAAAUUGAGCUUGAUAAAAGGCUGAUCAAAGUUGAUUUACAUCGUCCCAGCCGUUUUUGUUGUGAUGGUUAUAAUUACGCCAGCGAAGUACAUUGACUGGUUAUAAUUACCCCAGCGUACUCCAAAUGUCCCGCACUAAAUCUAUUCGUAUAAACCUUAAAAUAGUUUCAGGCUUGUUUCAAGGAUCCGAACCUUUUUAGGUUAUGUAAAAAAACUAAUUUGUUUAGAGUGUAUGAUCAAUAAAAUGUUGAUUAUUCAGAUUUCUUUUUCUAUUGUAUCUACGUCUGACUUCAUGAUUGUCUUCUAGGUUCCACAAAUGUUGUUUUUCCAUCUAUUUAUGUUGAAUGUUCGUAAAAAGCAGAAUGUAAAAUUAGACUGAACUUUCCAUCGUUACUUUAAAAUCGAGGUUAGAUGAUCCAUCGAAAAGAGAUAACACACUAGCACAUCGAAAAUAGAAGUCGUAUCCAUUCUCAUUUACAUUCUUCGAUUUUAGCUGGUACUGAACUUCCUCUGAAAACAAAUGUUGAACUAAUUCAAGUUCUUCAACUACUCAACGAUAAAAAUGAUGUUACUGCACGAAGAAAUGAAAACCUUUAUCGGCAUGCAAUGAAAAAAACAAAACCACCAGGAAAUAUAACUAUAUAUAAAGGUGAAUUUCAUGUGACAUUAUCGCGAAAAUUUGUUGAAUACUGUUAUAAGAGUAAACUGGCAAAUGAUUUUUAUUAUUGGUUGAACGGUACAGCAGUGCCAGAUGAACAUUAUUAUCCAACAUUGAAUCGUCUACCACAGUUUCCUGGUCAUGCUAGUAUACAUUAUGAAGGUACGCGUUUUAUGUCUCGUUUCAAAAUCUGGAGAUUAAAAGGGUUAAAAGCACAAAAUCAAAGAAGCGAUUUGUGUAGAUCUGAUAUUUUCAUUCGUGCAAUAUGUCAAUUUGAUUGGCAUGAUUUACCAACGUUGACUAAAAGUAAUUAUUUAUUUGCAAAUAAAUUUAAUCAAAAACUAGACAUGUUGGGUAUAUCGUGUCUGGAACAAUGGCAUCAAGCAAAAUCAAUGACAUCGGUAAAAAUAGAUUUGAAUGAUUUUAAUAAAUUUCCACCAAUUAAAAAAGCGAUUGAUGAAUCAGUAAGUUUUGAACUGGAAAAAAAUAGACUGGUAGGAUUUAAAAAAUUUAAACACUAG